AUGGAGUUUCGUGAAACCCUAUUAGCUGCUCAGCGAAAUCAACAAGAGAAGUCAUCUGUUAGUAACUAUUAUUACAAGGCCAAGUUUGAUCCACCAAAAAAAGAACAAAGGGAAAAAGAUAGAUUAUCUGCCAAUAUACAAAAGUUUCUUGCUAAGAAAGAUGAAGAGGAACGGCAGAAAAAACUGGAUACGCAGCGAAAGAGAGACGAAUUACUUGCUAUGCGUGAUCCUAAGGCCCUGCGCAAAAUUCAAAAAACACUGAAGGUCAUUAAAUCCGCUAAUAAGUCUGUCAUUGCUGAUGCUUUUGAUAGAGAUAACACAGCUGUUACUCGGGAAGGCCCAGAUCAGCCAGAUCAAGAUGAUUAUGGGUAUGAAUCCCAGUCAGCUGCUGCAAUAUAUGAGAAAAUGAUGCAAAAGUAUAGUAAAAUUCCAGAUGAACCUAAAUUCCCUAAUUCAAGCGGUUCAACUCCCAAGGAUUUACAUGGUACAAGAGAAAGAGUCAAACAUGCUCUCCGCCAUGAAGAUGAUCCAGUGCCACAUAAGAGAAGGCGUCGUACUGAAAAUGGUGAGUCCAGUCCUCCUCAAAAAUAUGAACCUGAAAGAGAAAAAGAGAAAGACAAGAAAUCAGAUAAACCUAAAAUUCGUAGACCAGCCCCUCCACCAAUGGACUUCAAUCAAUUGUUGAAGCUUGCGGAACAAAAGAAGAGUGAACCUGUUGGUAUUAGUGCACCAAAAAAGACUGUUGUGGAACCUGAGCCUGACAGACUCAUGACAAAGAAACAAAAGAGGGAGUAUGAGGAAGAAAUGGCACGAAGACAACGACGUCAGGAACGUAUUGAAGCAGCAAAGGCCGGGCAAAAAGCUCCAAAAGCAGAUAAGCCAGCAGAUAAAGAACGAAAACCUGAACCAACUAGUACAGGAUUUGGUAGAAUUCCGAAAGUUGGUGAAAGAGCUGUCCCUAAAAGUGAUCCUCCAAGAAGUCACGAGAGAGAAAAGAAAGACUGUGAAAGAGAGAAAGCAGAAAGAGUACAGAAAGAAAAGGAAAAAGCUAGGUUAGAAAGAGAUAAAGUUGAUCGUGAAAAAGAUAGAAUGGAUAAAGAAAGAUUAGAUAAAUUAAAAGCAGAACGCGACAGAAUUGAAAGAGAAAUGGAGCGUCUUAACAAAGAUAGAGAGAGGUUGGACAAAACUAAGGCAAAAUUAGAAACAAGUAUAUCUUCAGAUAGAAGUAAAGAUAGAUCCAAGUUGAAUAAGGAGCAGCCAAUAAAACAAGAAGCUAAAAAGAAUAUAGAUUUAAAGAGCCAAAAUACUUACAGGAUAGAUAAAAAUGACAGAAAGCUCUUACCACAAAAGCAGGAUAGAGUUUCCAAUGGUCAUAGCUCGCUGAGCAAGCUAGUGCCAAAACUUAGUAAAGAGGGCUUAGAUAGAAAUAUGAAAGAUAAAAUGGCCAUAGCAAAGAAACCAUUAGAGGGUAGUCCUAGAAAUGGUCAAAUAAAACAAGAAAACGGGAAACGGUUACCGGAAGCAGGCAGAGGUCUCAAAAAAGGAGAUGAUAAGAAAUCUAUACAGGGAACGAAACAGGGUGGUUCAAGUAAACCUGUCACUGGUUUUGAUUUUGACCAACAUGUCAAUUCUAUAGCUGUUAGGAAUGGUGGGAAGAAACUUCCUCCCAGUGAUAAUAGGAGGAAACAGCAAUCUAGUGAUAAGAUGAAGCAAAAACGUCGUAUGGUAGAUUCUGACUCGGAAUAUGACUCUGAAAUGGAUGACUUCAUCGACGAUGGCGAUGUUGAGUUAGACUACUCCUCCGCCAUCAAAGAAAUCUUUGGAUAUGAUAAAUCCAGAUAUCGAGACAUGGAUGAUGCUGAUGACCCAUCCAUGGAGUCUAGUUUUGCUCGACAACAGCGUGAAGAGUAUAUAACUAAAAAGAUCGGUAUCAUGGAAGACUUGGAGGAUAUGAGAAUGGAGGCGAUGGAAAAAAAGAAAAAAGGCAAGAGACGGAUAUCGGACGAUUAA